AUGGCCUCUAAUCUAAGGGAUUUCACUCGGAUAAAUCUUCCUACUUUAUAUGGGUCCAAGGUUGAAGUAGACCCCCAAAAAUUCAUUGAUGAAAUCUACAAGAUCCUCUAUGCUAUGGGGUUUUCUACUAGUGAAAAGUUCGAGUUAGCCAUCUAUAAACUCAAGGAUGUGUCUCAAGCAUUGCAUUUCAAACAUGUGGAUAAGGCAAGGUCUAAGAGGAAUAGUAGAGAUUCUAAGAAGGAAAGAUCUCUUGAUGGUGGUUCUUCAAAGAAUAGACUUGAGACACAAGAAAAUCCUAGAUUUAAGAAGCGGGUUUCUAAUCAAGUUCCUUCCAAGUUACUUAUGGCUAGUGGUUAUAUGUGGUAUAACCGUAAACCUAAGAAGGGAAAGGGUACUAGUUCACCAAGUGAAAAGCCAUCUUGCAAAAAGUGUGGCAAGAAGCAUUAUGGUAUUUGUCUUGAGGGAACAGAUAAUUGUUUUGGUUGUGGUAAGAGUGGUCACAAAGUAGGGAUUGUCCUAAUGUGGGGGUCAAGACAAGAGUAA